GUUCGUAGUCGUGAUCAGUGGGCCCAAUUUGAGUCGGGAACGAAUCGAGCCGGGACUGACCGCGGAGAUGGCUCCGGGGAAGCGAGGCAAGGCCAGAGGGGAGGCGCCGCCGCCCGCCGCCGCCAACGCCGGCGGAGGUGGGUUCCCGAGCUGCCUCCGAUUGAUGCCGCCGUCGACAGUCGCCAUCUCGAUCCACGCCAAGCCUGGUUCUAAGGUCGCCACCAUCACAGAGAUCGGGGACGAGGCGGUCGGCGUCCAGAUCGACGCGCCGGCGAGGGAUGGCGAGGCCAACGCCGCGCUUGUCGACUUCAUCAGCUCGGUACUUGGGGUGAAGAAAAGAGAGAUAUCUAUUGGCUCUGGUUCUAAAUCAAGGGAAAAGGUUGUGCUGGUACAAGAUGCUACUCUUCAAGGUGUCUACGAUGCUCUGAAGAAGUCCUGUAAUUGUUGAUGAUGUAUGUAUGCUAAACCUGAUAGUAACUGGAUGACCAUGAGGUAAACUAGUGGUCUUUGUAAUAACAUAUCUGCGCUGUUAGUGAAUCUCCUAGGAGUGCUCUUGCAACAUGCAGUAAGUUUCAAAAUGGAGUGACUUGACUGAAGAUGAAACUGAAUGGGAUGUCGUCUUUACUGUCAUGAGAUGCAGAUCUUUCAACGAGACCAGGUGAUAUAGUAA